AUGAAAGAGUUUCCAUUUCUCCGUUCCUUAUUUAACCGGCCUCCCCACUCCUUAUCGAUCCCGCUGGAACAGAAUUGGAACGAGUUGCCAAUCGUUCCUCCCCACUCCUUAUCGAUCCAGCUGGAACAGAAUUGGAACUGGUCUGGAAUGAGUUACAAACCGUUCCUCCCCACUCCAUAUCGAUCCAGCUGGAACAGAAUUGGAACUGGUCUGGAACGAUUUGCCAACCGUUCUUCCCCACUCCUUAUCGAUCCAGCUGGAACGGGUCUGGAACGAUUUGCCAACUGUUCCUCCGUUCCUUAUCGAACCGGUAUCCCCACUCCUUAUCGAACCGGCGGUAUCGAUAAUUCUCAGUCGUUGGAACAGUCCCCUUCCGUUCCACAGUAA